CCUUUCUCGCUGCCCUCACCCAAGAUGGCGGCGGUCCCCCUUUCUCGCUACCCUCACUCAAGAUGGCGGCAGUUCCCCCAUUCACCUGCCCGUGCCCUCACCCAAGAUGGCGGCGCCCUGCCCGGCGUCACGGCGCGACGUGCGGGGCGUGGCGCGCUGAGGGAACCGCCGGGACCGCCGGGUCCCGAUCCCGGUCCCGGUCCCGGUUCCCCUCGGCCCAUCCCGCUUCCCCCGUCCCGGCCGCGCCAUGGAUUGUUACACGGCCAACUGGAACCCGCUGGGCGAGGAGACCUUCUACCGGAAGCUGGAGCUCUACUCCAUGGAAUGGGGGCUGCGGGAGGAUCUCCGUGACUGUGUGGUGGCCGCUGCCCCGUACGGGGGUCCCAUAGCCCUGCUGCGGAAUUCCCGGCGGGACAAGGCCCCCAGCGCCCGCCCGCUCCUGGAGAUCUACUCGGCCUCGGGGCUGCUCCUGGCCAGCGUCCCGUGGAAGAGCGGCCCCCUGGUGCACCUGGGCUGGACAGCGGGGGAGGACCUGCUGUGCAUCCAGGAGGAUGGGACUGUCCUGGUCUACAACCUGUUCUGCGAGUUCAAGAGGCACUUCAGCAUGGGAAACGAGGUGCUGCAGAACCGCGUGCUGGAGGCGCAGGUUUUCCACACGGAGUUCGGCACGGGCGUGGCCAUCCUGACGGGAGCGCUGCGCUUCUCCCUGGCCACCAACAUCGACGACCUCAAGCUGCGCCGCCUGCCCGAGGUCCCUGGGCUGCAGAAGCCGCCGCCGUGCUGGACCGUGCUGGCCCAGGACAGGGUGACCGUGGUGCUGCUGGCCAUGGGACAGGAGCUCUUCCUGCUGGACAACACCUCCUGCUCCGUGCUGACGCCCCCCGGGCUGAGCCCGUCGGCGGGGCCGUUCCUGCACGUGGCCGUGUCCUUCACCCACCGGCUCCUGGCGCUCUUCUCCGACUCCGGCUCCGUCUGGAUGGGACCGGCCUCGCUCAAGGAAAAGUUCUGCGAGUUCAACACCGGCAUCCGAUCCCCGCCCAAGCAGAUGGUUUGGUGCACGCGGCCCCGCGGCCGGCAGCGAGCCGUGGUGCUGGCCUGGGAGCGGCAGCUGAUGGUGGUGGGCAACUCCUCGGAGUGCAUCCGCUUUGUCCUGGAUGAGGAUUCCUACCUGGUGCCCGAGCUGGACGGGGUCCGGAUCCUGUCCCGCAGCUCCCACGAGUUCCUGCACGAGAUCCCAGAGGCCAGCCAGGAGAUUUUCCGCAUCGCCUCCAUGGCCCCGGGCGCUCUGCUGCUGGAGGCGCAGAAGGAGUACGAGAAGGAGAGCCAGAAAGCCGACGAGUACCUGCGGGAGAUCCGGGAGCAGCAGCUGCUCCCCGAGGCCGUGGGCCAGUGCAUCGAGGCCGCGGGCUACGAGCACGAGCCCGACACCCAGAAAUCCCUGCUGAGGGCAGCUUCCUUCGGGAAGUGUUUCCUGGAUAAGUUCCCCCCGGAGGGGUUCGUGCGCAUGUGCCAGGACCUGCGGGUCCUCAACGCCAUCCGGGACUACCAGAUCGGGAUCCCGCUCACCUUCACCCAAUACAAGCAGCUCACCAUCGAGGUGCUGCUGGACAGGCUGGUCCUGCGCCGCCUGUACCCUCUGGCCAUCCGCAUCUGCGAGUUCCUGCGCCUGCCCGAGAUGCAGGGCGUCAGCCGCAUCCUGGCGCACUGGGCCUGCUACAAGGUGCAGCAGAAGGACAAGUCGGACGAGGAGGUGGCCCAGGCCAUCAACCAGAAGCUCGGGGACGCGGCGGGCAUCUCCUACUCGGACAUCGCCACGCGCGCCUACGACUGCGGCCGCGCCGAGCUGGCCAUCAAGCUGCUGGAGUACGAGCCCCGCAGCGGGGAGCAGGUGCCGCUGCUGCUGAAGAUGAAACGGAGCAAACUGGCCCUGGGCAAAGCCAUCGAGAGCGGGGACACCGACCUGGUGUACACGGUUGUGCUGCACCUCAAGAACGAGCUCAACCGCGGCUCCUUCUUCAUGACCCUGCAGAACCAGCCCGUGGCCCUGAGCCUGUACCGCCAGUUCUGCCGGCACCAGGAGCGGGAGACGCUGAAGGAUUUGUACAACCAGGACGACAACCACCAGGAGCUGGGCAACCUGCACGUGCUGGGGGGCUACGGCCAGAGGCGGAUCGAGGGCCGCGUGGCCGCCCUGCAGAACGCCCUGGAUGAGUUCUACAAGGCCAAGAACGACUUCGCUGCCAAGGCCACGGAGGAGCAGAUCAAGCUGCUGCGGCUGCAGCGGCACCUGCAGGAGGAGCUGGACAAGCCCUACCUGGACCUGUCCCUGCACGACACCGUGGCCACCCUCAUCCUGGACGGGCACCACAAGCGCGCCGAGCAGCUCUACCGGGACUUCAGGAUCCCGGACAAGAGGUACUGGUGGCUGAAGAUCAACGCCCUGGCCACCCGCGGGGACUGGGAGGAGAUGGAGAAGUUCUCCAAGAGCAAGAAGUCACCCAUUGGGUACCUGCCCUUCGUGGAGGUGGCGGUCAAGCACCACAACCGCUACGAGGCCAAGAAGUACGCGCCCCGCGUGCCGCCCGAGCAGCGCGUCAAGGCCUUCGUCCUCGUGGGGUGCGUCGGGGACAUCCGGGGACCCUCCGGGGACACUCAGGGGACCCUCAGGGGGACAUCUGGGGGACCCUUCUGGGAACAUCCCGAGGACACCCAGGGGAACGUCUAGGGGGCCCUCUGGGGGGACAUGCUGAGGAUGCUCGAGGGACAUUCAGGGGACAUUCAGGGGGACAUCCAGGGGACCCUUGGGAAGGACAUCCUGGGCACCCUCGGGGGACAUCCAGGGGACCCUUGGAAGGGACAUCCAGGGGACCUUCAGGGGGACUUCCAGGGGACCCUUGGGAAGGACACCCUGAGCACCCUCGGGGGACAUCCAGGGGACCCUCGGAAGGGAUAUCCCAAGGACACUUGGGGAGACAUCCAGGGGACACUCAGGAGGGGACAUCCAGGGGACCGUCAGGGGACAUCCAGGGGACCCUCAGGUGGACAUCCCAGGGAUACUUGGUGGGGGGACGUCCA